AUGGACUUCGAGUCCACCGAUGCCCUCGGAGGCAGCACAGGAGAAGAAGACCUGUUUUCCCCUGUGCUUGAGGACAUGACUGACGCUGUUCCAAAGAACACAGAGGCGUCAUCUUCCGGCGACGCGCCACCGACAACAAGCUCGGACUGGGAUGAAGAUUCGGAUCAGCCGGACUUCAACCAAGCCCUCGGUCCGCAUAUCGGGCAAAUCGCCAAAUCUCUCGACGCCUACACAUCACUACUCGGGGUGAAGUCGGAGUCUCUGGACUUCGGUAAGGAUCCUGAGGGGUCUGUAGGUCCACUCGAGAAGUUACAGGAAGACCUGGAGAAGGUGGAGAAAACGGCUCGACAACUGCGAUUUCAUCUUCAAUUUGGAGACUACGCCGGCCGCAUUUGGAACUGCCUCCGUUCCGCAUCUCGCCUUGCCAGCAAGCCCUUACCGGAUUCCUUGCGCACUGUCACGGAACGCCUUGAGAGCCCGGCUCUCGACGGGGGUCAAACCCUGAAGACCCUUCGAGAAUGUAUCGAAAUUCUCAAAGGAGGAGGUGUUCAAGUGGACGUGAACGUGGAGAUGGCCAAGGUGGCAAUUGGUAUGUACGCGACCCGCAACCUGCUCUGCCAUGUAGACAACAAGACGCGCAAAAAGGCCUCGAAAGAGGACCUUGAUGCUCUUGUGGGCCUUCUACCAGAUGAACAGAAACCGAAUCGCGAACACUGGCAAGGUAUUGUGGGACAGUGGGAGGCAGCAGGUGAGUGGUUGGCUGACGCGCGGUGUCGGACCGCUAGCCAAUCUCGUUUCCUUUCCAAUGCGCCAAGCGGCGAGCCCGAGGAGAAGGAGGAGUUUAAACAGGCCGUCAUGGACGGCUUGUUCCAUGAGUCGAUCGAUCGCCUUUACGAUGGAGGGGCACGGAGACCGCAUAUUCCCCGCCGGACUCGUCAGUCGGCAGGGUCAGACCCAGUUCCCUACGUUCCUUGCAAACGAGAGACGACCUUGUCCCCGCCGUUAUCUCCGUCUGCAAAACGCAAACGCCCAUCCAAAAGAUAA